ACCAAUGUCUUUAUUUCAUUGCUGGCACAGAACGUGAAACAAACAUGGCGUCUGCAGGUCUUCAGAUUUUUGGCAUCUUCCUAGCAUCCAUAGGCUUUUUGGGAGACAUCAUCAUCUGCGCCCUGCCCAUGUGGAAGGUGUCUGCUUUCAUUGGGAACAACAUUGUGACAGCGCAGAUCUUCUGGGAGGGUCUGUGGAUGAACUGUGUGAAGCAGAGCACUGGCCAGAUGCAGUGCAAGGUCUACGACUCCAUGCUGGCUCUGCCCCGAGAUCUGCAGGCAGCCCGGGCCCUGAUAGUGAUCUCCGUCCUGGUCGUCUUCAUGGGAAUCAUGCUCGCCAUCGCAGGGGGAAAGUGCACCAACUGCAUUGAGGACGAGCUGGCCAAGAGCAAGGUAGCUAUUGUGGCGGGGGUGUUCUUCAUCAUCGGUGGUAUCCUGUGCCUGAUCCCCGUAUCGUGGUCCGCUAACGAAGUCAUCAGGAACUUCUACAACCCCAUUGUGAGCGACGCGCAGAGGAGGGAGCUGGGAGCGUCGCUGUUCAUCGGCUGGGGAUCAGCAGCACUCCUGUUAAUUGGGGGUUCACUUCUCUGCUGUCAGUGUCAGCAGCGUAAGGAUAGCAGAUACUCUGUCAAAUAUUCUGCCCCACGCUCAGCAACUAGUGGAGGAGCCUACGUUUAAAAUGCCUGCAAGUACUUCAAGAGUCUGCAUACUUGUCUUACUGCAGGAAACUGGACUGAACACUACCAAGUCAUGCUUUUAUGGUCUUAACUUUAUCACUGUUUUAUGAAUUUUAAUAAAUGAAACUUCAUAUGA